GAUUGAUUCAUUUUCAAAUUCGUCAUCAUAGAAAACGGGCUUCGUUUGAUUUGAUUUUUUUGUUGAAAAAAAUGGAUUUGAUUAAAAACAAUGUUAAUUCAUCAACCGAUAUGAUCAAUGAUCAUCAUCCACAUAAUCACAAUCAUCAUUUAUCAUCAUCACCAUCAUCGAAUAUCAUUGAUCAACAACAAUUAAUCUAUAUGAAUCAUUUAUUAGCUUUAUCUAAUUCCUGUUUAAAUCAUAAUCAUCAACGAUUGCCACCUCCACUUCCAGCACAAACAUUACCAUCAUCUUCAUCAUCAUCAUCAAUGGCUGCAACAAUUUUAGCACAACAUUUUACUAAAGCACAUUUAGCUGCUGAAUAUCAAUUAACAAAAUCAAUACAAAAUCUUCAUCAUCAUAAUCAAUCAUCAUUGAUAACGAAUGGUACAUCAUCAUCAUCAUUAUCAUUAUCACCAGCAUUUAUUGGUUCGCGUCCGCCACAAUCAACAAUGGUCAACAAUAAUCGAACGACAUCAACAAAGGCAACUAAUGGCAGCGGAAACUAUAAUCGAUCUCAUCAUCAUCAUCAUCAUCAUUCACGUUAUUCAUAUUCACAUGAUGAUCAUAAACCACAACAAUCAUAUAUUGGUUUGAUUGCAAUGGCAAUUUUAAGUAUGCCGGAUGAAAAAAUGGUUUUAGCCGAUAUUUAUCAAUAUAUUUUGGAUAAUUAUUCAUAUUUUCGUAAUCGUGGACCUGGUUGGCGUAAUAGUAUUCGUCAUAAUUUAUCAUUAAAUGAUUGUUUUAUGAAAGCAGGACGUAGUGCUAAUGGUAAAGGUCAUUAUUGGGCAAUACAUCCGGCCAAUUUAGAAGAUUUUAAAAAAGGUGAUUUUCGUCGACGUAAAGCACAACGAAAAGUUCGUCGUCAUAUGGGACUUUCUGUACCCGAUGAUGAUGACGAUGAUGAUGAUGAUGAUGACGAAGAUGAUGUCGUUGUUAAUGGACGUCCAAUUUUAUCAUCACCAAUAUCAUUAGUUACUAACCGUAAACCAUCAAUAGCGGCUACGGCAUCAAUUAAUCGACCAUUUACAUAUCAUCAUCAUUCUAUACCGACAUUACCACCACCAACACUACCACCAUCAACGAUUAGACCAACAACACAACCGUUAUUAUCAUCAUCAAAUCCAAUUGUUCCAACAAAUGCAGCUGCAUUUUUUGCCACACAACAAGCUAUUAAUUUUUUUCAAACAUUAACAAAUAGAUUCGCAAUGAAUCAACAAUCACAACAUCAUCAACAGCAACAAUCAAAUAAUGAAAUGAAUAACAUUUACAAACGUUUGAUGGGAUAUGAAAAUAUUAAACAACAAAAUGAAGAUUUGAUAGCGGAAAAACAACAACAACAACGAUCACCAUUAAUCAAUGAUAAUCAUCGAUCAUCAGUAACGGAAUUUAGUAUCGAAAGUUUAUUAUCAUCAAAUAAUUCAGUAGUUCAUCACCAAAAUCAUUCAAACCGUUCAAAUUUAUCACCAAUAUUAAAUGAUGGUGAUGUUCACGAUGAUGAUGAAGAUCUCAUGAAUGAUGAUUUGAUGGAUAAAUCACCAUCAUCAUCAAUUAUACUUGAUCAAUUUGAAUCUAUAAGUGAUGAUAAUUCAUUGAAACAAAAUCCAGAUAAUGAUAAAAUUGUAGAUCUUGAUCGAACCUCCAAUAACCUCCAUCAACAACCAGUUAAUCUAAGCAAAGAUUAA